AUGCCCCCAAAAAAACAACCAAAGGCAUCCAGUCCGAGCUAUGAGUUUCCUCAAAAGUUCUAUGCGUUGAAAUCUUCUCUCGAGAAGCUGUUUUAUAAGCCACAACCAGAGAGUUUGGUGGAUGACCAGAUUGUUGUCAUUGACCACUUCUUCUCAUCUGAAUUCUGCGAUGAGCUCAUCGCUUCCUUCCUGAGCAGCCUCAAAAUGGAAACCACGCCGUUGAUAAAGUCUCGGGACUAUGCAGCCCGCUUCAACGACAGAGCGUCGUUCACUUCGUACGACGCUGCAGACUCACUCUGGCAAUACUUAAAAGAGAUUCUUCUACAGCAGCUCGAGUACGAAGACGAGGAUAUGGAGGCGGUCGGUUCCAUUUUCCGCAAUGCUAAGAGUCUCAAUCCCCAAUUGAGAAUUUAUCGGUACACAAAAGGACACCAUUUUGGUAAGCAUUAUGACGAGUCAGUGAGAUGUCCGCUAGCACACGAUCCCAAGAUUCAGGGCAAGACUAAAUGGACAUUGCUAAUAUACUUGACAGGAGAUGACGAGUUCAAAGGAGGAGGAACCAUUUUUUAUCCUGAUGUGGGCAAAGAAUACUUGAAUGUUCAUCCAAGCAAGGGUAUGGCAUUGCUUCAUAAACAUGGAGACGAUUGCUUGAAGCACGAGGCAGAAUUGGUAAAAGAUGGAGUUAAAUGGGUGUUAAGAAGUGAUGUGACAUAUUAG